AUGGUGGCGGUACAGGCGUCUCCAAACCUGGCUCCAUCCGCGGAGUGGAUCUGCUGUCUGGACAAAAGGCCAUCAGAGCGCUCUGGCGAGGAUGUGGACAUUAUUCUCACCAGACUGAGAGAGGUCAAGGCCUUCCAGAGGUUCCCGCCUCCACUUCUCGUGCAGAUUUGUAGCUGUGCCUUCUAUGAAUGCCUGGAGAAAGGCAUCACAUUAUUUAGACAAGGAGACAUUGGUACAAGUUGGUAUGCUGUUCUCUCAGGCUCGCUUGAUGUCAAAGUGUCAGAAACUGCCAACCACCAGGAUGCAGUCACCAUUUGUACAUUGGGGAUUGGGACGGCCUUUGGAGAGUCAAUCUUGGACAACACACCACGUCAUGCUACUAUUGUCAGCAGAGAGACCAGUGAACUGCUUCGCAUUGAACAGAGGGAGUUUAAAACCCUUUGGGAGAAGUAUCGCCAGAGUUUAGCAGGACUUCUAGCCCCUCCUUAUGGAGCGAUGGAGAGUGGAUCCAACAAUGACAGACUCACUGACAAAGACAACAUGAACUCUGACACUGCCAACAAAGGCCACAAGAUUCCCUCUGAAAAGCUACAACGAGCUGGAAAGGUUCUACGAAAUGCUAUUCUUUCCAGAGCUCCACACAUGAUCCGGGACAGGAAGUACCACUUGAAGACUUACAGACAAUGCUGUGUGGGCACAGAGCUGGUGGAUUGGCUGGUGAUGCAGAGUGCUUGUGUUCUGACCCGGUCCCAUGCUGUUGGAAUGUGGCAGUCUUUGCUGGAGGAAGGAGUGCUGAACCAUGUGGACCAAGAACUGGGCUUCCAGGACAAAUACUUGUUUUAUCGUUUCCUUGACGACGAGGAUGAGGAGACGCCAUUGCCCAGCGAAGAGGAGAAGAGAGAGAGUGAAGAAGAGCUGCCAGAGACCAUCCUCUUCCUCGCUCAGAUUGGUCCUGAUGCUCUUCUGCGCAUGAUAUUACGAAAGUCGCCCGGGCAGAGAACAGGGGAUGACCUUGAGAUCAUCUAUGAUGAACUGCUGCACAUCAAGGCCUUAACCCAUCUCUCCAACACUGUGAAGAGGGAACUGGCAAGUGUUGUCAUUUUUGAGUCCCAUGCAAAAGCAGGAACCGUGUUGUUUAACCAGGGAGAAGAGGGCACAUCCUGGUACAUCAUCCAGAAGGGCUCGGUUAACGUGGUCAUCUACGGCAAAGGUGUGGUGUGCACACUGCAUGAAGGAGAUGACUUUGGGAAGCUGGCCCUGGUGACAGACUCGCCCCGCGCUGCCUCUAUAGUGCUCAGAGAGGACAACUGCCACUUCUUACGAGUGGAUAAGGAGGACUUCAACAGAAUACUCAGGGAUGUUGAAGCAAAUACUGUGCGUUUAAAAGAACAUGAACAAGCAGUGCUGGUGCUGGAAAAGAGCCCUCGUGCCUCAACUCUGGGAAGUAUCAAGUACACUGUGAUAUCAGGAACCCCAGAGAAGAUUCUUGAGCACUUCCUGGAGACCAUGAGAAUGGACAUACAUCACAGUGAACCAGACCCGGCUCUGGACGACUUUGUCCUCAUGCACUGUGUGUUUAUGCCCAACAGUCAGCUCUGCCCUCUACUCAUGGCACACUACCAUGCAGCCUCUCCUCCCGGCUCGGAGCAGGAGCGGCUGGAGUUUGCGGUGAAUGCUAAGAGAAGAGUCCUUAUCCUGACCCUGCGCUGGGCCACUGUGCACUCCUACCUGCUGGAGGAGGAGCCCGCUGCCGUGUCCUUUCUCGAGGAACUGUUUGGGAGCGUGUCAAACGAUUCGCGAGUGCUCAGAGCUCUGAAAGACCUGGCUGCCGACCUUGAGAAAGUGGUGAAGAUUCACUCAGAGGAAGCAAAGGCUGCCAAAAAGAAAACACUAAUACGACAGUUCAGUAAUGGGGAAGAACGAUUACAAAAGAAACAACCCAUAAGGAAUCAAGAUGACAUCCUGUUAAAGGUGUAUUGCAGUGAUCAGACAUACACAACUAUUCGAGUCACUGUGGCGGCCACUGGGAGAGAAGUGGUCAGUGCGCUGGCAGAAAAAAUUGGUACAACAGAAGAGCUCCUCCUGGUCCAUCUGAACUCUGCAGGGGAAAAACAAAUGCUCAAGCCAAACGACGUGUCCGUAUUCUCCACUCUGAGCAUCAAUGGACGACUGUUCGCCAGUCCACGAGAACAACUCAACUCUUUAGCGCCUCUUCCAGACCAGGAGGGCCCCACUGCAGGCUCCAUGUCCACCUUUGAGCUGAUGAGCUCCAAGGACCUGGCCUAUCAGAUGACCCUGUUCGACUCGGAGCUGUUCAGCUGCGUACACGAGCACGAGCUCCUCUAUCACACGUUUGGCCGGGCCAGCGUCAGGAGGACCACCGCCAACUUGGACUUGUUCCUGAGGCGCUUCAACCAGGUGCAGCUGUGGGUGGUCACCGAGGUGUGUCUGUGCGGACAGCUCAGCAAGAGGGUGCAGCUGCUCAAGAAGUUCAUCAAGAUCGCAGCGCACUGUCGGGAAUUCAAGAACCUCAAUUCUUUCUUCGCCAUUAUUAUGGGGAUGAGCAACCCAGCCGUCAGCAGGCUUAGUCAAACAUGGGAGAAACUUCCAACCAAGUUUAAGAAGUUCUAUGCUGAGUUUGAAAGCAUGAUGGAUCCCUCGAGAAACCACCGGUCGUAUCGACUCACUGUCACUAAACUGGAGGCACCAAUCAUCCCCUUUAUGCCCCUCCUUCUCAAAGAUAUGACUUUUACACAUGAAGGAAACAGAACAUAUGUUGAUAAUCUGGUCAACUUUGAAAAAAUGCGCAUUAUUGCCAACACAAUUCGACAAGUACGGCACUGUAGAAGCCAACCGUUCAACCCUGACAUCUGCCAGCCCAACAAGAACCAGGCCGAGGUGCGGGGCUACGUCAGGAAACUGUGUGUGGUCGACAACCAGAGGGCACUGACGCAGCUCUCCUACAGGCUGGAGCCAAGACGGACGUGA